UUCGAAGAUCGUGUUCUGCCUGAUCUGAAGGCGGGCAAGCCAAUCCGCCGUAUUCGGCUCUUCAUGCUCAACUCCUCUGUUGCGGCCGGGGCCGCACUCUUGGCCGCUAAUGUCCGCCUGCAGCUCCAUUUGCCUCGGCAUCCAGAACUGUCACUGCUGGGCGACUUUAAUGGAUGA